GCCUAUCAUAUGAGUGGCAAGUGUUGAGACAAUAAGACAAUUGAUUUGAUGUCCUCAGAGUCUCCACACAUUUGAUCCCAAGAUUUAAUACCACCGCUUAAGACACAUACCAUCGCCAGUCAUCACCGCUUUAACCACUGUAUACACCGCUUAAUAAACUGAUAAUAACCGCAAUCGUUGGCCAUUCACACGCGCACAGCAUGUCAUCCGACGACAAGACUACCGGUGCUAUCGGUGGUGGUGUUGGUGGUCAUCAUCAGCCACCGCACCCGCCAUCGGGAGGUCCGCCGAUAGCCGCCACCAAACCGGCCGUCAAUAUGCAGACCAAACCUAAGAUAACGCAAGCGAUUAAUGGCAACCAAACGGCGCUAAAGACCCAAAACAACGGCACCGGUAGUCAGAACGGAGGGAACGGCUAUCGGGUGCUGAAGCCCGAGGGCUACGUAGGAGUGGACUCAUUGCCGGAACAGUUUGUGUCGCGUAUAGUGAGGGAUGGCUUCGGCUUCAAUAUCAUGUGUUUGGGACAGACGGGGGUCGGGAAGUCGACGCUAUUGGACAGCCUCUUCAACAUGAAGUUCCCGGACGUAAGCACUCGUAGCCAUAAUCUCAGUGCCGUCGACGUGACGGCCCAUAACUACGACCUCCAGGAGCGCAAUAUUAAGCUGAAGUUAGGUCUCAUUGAGAGUAAAGGCUUCGGCGAUCAGAUCAACAAAGGUGACUCCUACAAGUCAGUCGUGGAGUACAUCGAUCAGCAGUUCGAGCGCUACCUCCAGGAGGAGCUGAAGAUCCAUAGGAAUCAGUCGCCGGUGAACGACACCCGCGUCCACGUCUGUCUGUAUAUGAUAUCACCCGUCGGUCACGGCCUCAGAGCCAUUGAUUUGGUGACAAUGCGCUCAUUGGCGGCCAAAUGUAAUCUCAUCCCUAUAAUCGCCAAAUCGGACACAAUUACGAAACCAGAGUUGGAGAGACUGCGGGUGAAGAUCAUGUCAGAGAUUGUCACCAAUGGGAUCAAUAUCUAUCACUUCCCCACCGAUGACACAGACGUGGCUGACCUGAACGGCAAGAACAACGCACUCUUACCCUUCGCACUGGUGGCCAGUCAUGAGUUCGUACGAGUGGGCAGUAAGCAGAUGAGGGCCCGACAGUACCCGUGGGGCACCGUUCAGGUGGAGAACGAGAACCACUGCGACUUCGUGCGGCUCCGGGACAUGAUUUUGCGCAUAAAUAUGGAGGACUUGCGAGAGACCACUCACUCCCGUCACUACGAGCUCUACCGUCGCGUA